AUGAAGAGGCUGCAGCUCCUACGAUGGAGCAGUUCGGGCCUCUGUCCGCGGGCCAGAACUGGUGGCCGCCUGCAGCAACACCUCUAUUAUAGCCUUCGGCGCCAAUCCACGGUCUCCCCAGCCCUCCAGGCCGAUGGCCAGCAAUUGAUGGAUGAGAGUACAUUGGACUCUUCAAUUCCUUCUCCUCAAACCCAGAAACAGUCAAAAUACUUCCUCCCUUCUCCGCCGGUGGAGGCCGCACGCGAGUCCGCAAAACUUGCCGCACUCCAUGCCCGACUUUACCUUCCCUCACGAUUACCCCUAGAGACGCUCGCUCGCUCCCUUGUGGACGCCUCGGCCGAUCCCAAUCCCAAUUUCAACAACGAAUCGCUUGCUACGCUGGGACAUGACCUCCUAACCUACUAUACCUCCGAACACCUUCUGUGCACAUAUCCCCGACUACCCCUGACCGUGGUCUUCGCGGCCAUGUACGCUUAUGUCGGUCCGAAAACGCUCGCGGCCAUGGCACGAGAGUGGGGUGUGGAAAUGGCGGCUGUACCCGGUGGAGAGGUCGACCCUGGACUCCUCCAAUUCCAAAGAGUUGUCCCCGGCACCGACAUCAAUGCCGAGCCGGCCAGCAGCCCGACGAGACCCAACGAUGACCGGAAGUCGUGGAGGGUAUCGAUGACAUCUCGCGUUGUAUACGAUAAUGAAUUUGGUGAGCCGCCUCAGUCGCGGGCCCCCAGCCAGGGUGUCACGGCGGAACAAGCCAGCGCCACGUUUGUGCGAGCAGUGAUGGGCUCGAUCUAUCUGCAUGCUGGCCGGCCUGCCGCCAAGCGAUUCUUUGAGCAACAUUUCCUUAGCCGUCACCUCAACAUCUCCGAACUCUUCAACUUCUCGCAGCCUGCUCGUGACCUCUCCCGGCUGUGCGCGCGCGAAAACUUCGAGCCCCCCGUCGCCAAGAUCAUCAGUGAGACGGGCCGCAAGAGCAGACACCCCGUUUUCGUCGUCGGUAUCUAUUCUGGACAAGAUAAGUUGGGCGAGGGCGCUGGCGCCAGUCUGCUCGAGGCUCGGUCCCGGGCUGCAGUGGCUGCACUCAAGGGCUGGUAUCUUUACAGCCCACUGAAUGUGCGCGUGCCCAGCUCGAUGGAGGAAGAGGGUGCUGCGGCAUGGAAGCCUGUCCAUGUGGAUCUGGGCGAGGUGGUUGUGUAA